CUGACGACGGGUGGAGGACUAUGCGCAGUGCAGUAUCACAUGUCAAUGUUCGCUGCGCAUGUACUUACCGGUGAAAAAGACAUGGCAAGUGUUUCGACUAUUUCUUGUUGUUGACCAUUUUUUUUUAUAGAUAACAGGUUACUUAAAAAUUAUCUGAAAGACAAUGAUGACGCAUACAUUAGAUAAUAAUUUGUAAAAUUUGUUUUAUGUAACCGAUCGUCAUAAUAAUUGUAAAUUAUGUCGAACACACGGGAAGCAGAGGUACAAAACCUCAAAGAACGUGGAAACGCAUGUGUAAAAGAACAAAAGUAUGAAGAGGCUAUGUUCCAUUACACUCAUGCCAUUAAACUAGAUCCACAGAAUUAUUCCUUGUACAGUAAUCGAUCAUUUGCAUUUUUAAAACUACAACAAUAUCAUUUUGCAAUGGAAGAUGCAUUAAUGACAAUUCAGUUAAAACCUGAUUGGACCAAGGGUUAUUUUAGAAAAGCUGAAGUGGAAUCACAAACUUUUCGCCUCGGUGAAGCACUUCAAUCUUACAAUAAAGCUUUAUCUCUUCAACCAAAUGAACCAACAAUUUUAGAGGCAAUGAACAGAGUGUCACAAUUACUAAUUAAAGACAAACGAGCUGAUCAACAAAUACCUUGGCUCGGUGCUGGUGUUGGUAUCAUACUUGGAGUAAUAGUUGUAAUUGCUGACUAUGUUUUUACAAAUAAACCUACAUUAACGCAUCCUCUUUUGAUGGCCUUAUUAACAAUGUCUAUAGCAAUGCUGGGUUUUGGCAUUGCAAAGGGAUUCCGGUAUUUUGUAAAAUGUCAAAGAAAAUCACUUUUGGAACCUCCAGUGGAUCUCUUUGGUGAUAAUAAAGAAGAAUUUGAUGAUGUUGAAGCUGAAAUGAAUAACGAGAAAGAGAAACAUCCAAAAUACAGUAAAGCUCAAGCACGACAAAGAUUCAAGAAAGGAAAAUCGUAGUGUGCUUUGAUACUAAUAAUAUUAAUGAUAGACACGUGUUUUUAUGUAAAUUUUAAAUUCAUACACUUUUUAGCAUCUCAGGAAAGCACUAAAUAUUUAUGAUCAAUGUUAUUACAUUGAAGAUUAUAUUGAUACUGUUUACAUUUUAUACUUUAGUUGUUGUUAAAUGAUGUUAAAAUAUUGACAAUGAUGACCAUGUGCCAGAAUAUUUCUGUGUUUUAUGUUUAGAAAUUUUUAUAUUGAACAAUUCCUACUUAACAAUUGAAUCCAUUAUAAAGUUAUAAAAUUUAAUUUGUAAUUUGAGAUAUAUCACAAGAAAUAAGGCUGCAAUAAUAUAAUUACUGAUAAGUUAUGUAGUACAAAUGUUUCUAAAUUCCAAAUUAUAAGAAAAACUUCAAUUGUUAUAUAAAUUAUACUAAUAUUUAAAAAUAUGAAAUGUUUCAAUUUUGAUAAAAACUGGCAAACAGUAAUUUAUGCCAUUUAUACUUUAUCACGGUUGUAUUGUACGAUCAAAUAAUUUAACCAUACUAUCUAUACACCUGAUGUAUACAACGAAUAUUCUAUUCAAUCAAAAGAAUGAUUGUUUACAUUAAAUUUUUUGCACUACUUGUCACAAUAAAAAAAAAAAAAUUAAACAUAA